AUGGUUGCUAUUUCACUCCUUUUCACUCUCUCUUCUGUUAUGGGCGUGUUGAGCGCGCCCACGCGUGCGUCUGUUCGCGGACCUAUUCUUUACGAUGGUCGUGCACCUUUGAACUUCAGUGCAGCCGACCUUGAUGCGUCAAAGGAGCCUUUCCUAACCGUCGUCAAAGGUUCAAACAAUGCUUCUCAAUAUACGCAAUUGUUGGGCACCACAGAACUCCCGACCCCUUUAUGGAACACCGCCGGGAAUUUGCAGACAGAACAGGUCCUUGCUGCUUCCAUCGAUAACAGCUCGAUUUUCACCCCAGGCGGGUUCGCGCAAAAUGGCUUCAGGCGUACAGAUAUUAUCGCCCAGCAAGGAGGAAGUCCUGCCAAUCUUUUGAACAUCACACAAGUUGGAACGACGGUCUUCCACUUUUCUGUUAAGACUGACGAAACCCGACCCCUGAACGAUACCCACGAAUACCAGCCCGUGUUCAUCGAGCCCAACGAUGGCACUCACAUCUUCGACUUGCAACUUGGCUCCCCCUUCACGAACCCAACGGGCGAUCUUCCCGCUGCGAACGCGAGGAACUUCCGAGUUCGCAAUCAUGCGGGACAAACUCUUUUCGAAUCCGAGCUGACGAAUGGAAACUGGCACAACUUUGCCGUUCAAGUCGACUGGGAUAACAGGACGCUCGCGGUGCUUUAUUCUAUCGAUUGUGCAGAGCUCCAGCCUGUGACUGGCGUGGAGCCGAACGAGAGCGCAGCUCCUGGCCUGCAGGGCGAGUUCCACUUCGGUUUGCUCAAGCUCCCUCUUGUCAACCCGGCAGACAGCCCCGAGGACCAGAACAACGUGGUUGCCUUCGGUAUCCAAGAAGGAACUCUGGAAGCCCUCAAGUUCUCUGGUAUCUUCGUCGAGGGCACUCAGAGGGGCAUUCGCGCUGGCAAUGGCCGCGCCAUCAGGAAGAUUCGGGCCUGA